CUGUUGCAACUGGGCCCGGAAGCCGCCGCCACCGGCCGGGAGGGGGACGGGAUAGGACGAGGCGAUGCGCGCGGUCGCCGCCGGCGAUCCGGCCCGCGCCGCCUGAGCGGGCCCACCCGCGUCGCCCCGAUGGAGGGCAACCGCGACGAGGCGGAGAAGUGCAUCAGCAUCGCCCGCGCGGCGCUGGAGGCCGGGCACCGCGAGCGCGCCCUGCGCUUCUUGCACAAGGCCCAGAAGCUCUACCCGAGCCCCGCCGCCCGAGUUUUGUUGGAUGCCAUCAUGAAAAAUGGAAGUACUGCUGGGGGUGGUCCCUAUUGCCAAAAACCAGCUGGUGGCAAUGAUCAAAGUAAGCCCGCUAACACAAAGGACAGCAGUGCAUCUGGUGCAUGUGAAAGUGGUAAAGGCUACAACAAAGAACAAGUGGAAGGAGUACGCAGUAUAAAGAAAUGUAAAAAUUAUUAUGAAGUACUUGGAGUUGCAAAAGAUGCAGGUGAUGAAGACCUAAAGAAGGCUUAUCGAAAAUUGGCUUUGAAAUUUCAUCCAGACAAAAACCAUGCACCUGGAGCAACGGAAGCUUUCAAAAAGAUUGGAAAUGCAUACGCUGUGUUGAGCAAUCCAGAAAAACGAAAGCAGUAUGACCUUACCGGCAGUGAAGAGCAAGUAUGCAAUCACCCUGGCAAUGGUAGAUUUAACUUCCACAGAGGUUGUGAAGCUGAUAUUACUCCAGAGGAUUUGUUCAACAUGUUCUUUGGGGGGGCGUUUCCAACAGGUAGCGUACAUUCAUUUUCUAACGGUCGGGCUGGAUACAGUCAUCCUAACCAACACCGACAGAGUGGACAUGAAAGAGAAGAGGAGAGGGGUGAUGGAGGCUUCUCUAUGUUCAUCCAGCUGAUGCCUAUUAUUGUACUGAUCCUUGUCUCCUUAUUGAGCCAGUUGAUGGUUUCUAAUCCUCCCUACACCUUAUACCCAAGAUCGAGCACAGGGCAGACCAUUAAAAUGCAGACAGAAAACCUGGGUGUCAUUUAUUAUGUCAACAAAGACUUUAGAAAUGAAUACAAAGGAGCCUCUUUACAGAAGAUAGAAAAGAGUGUGGAAGAGGAUUAUGUGUCAAACAUUCGAAAUAACUGUUGGAAGGAGAGGCAGCAAAAAACGGACUUACUAUACGCGGCAAAAGUCUACCGAGAUGAUCGUCUCCGAAGGAAAGCAGACUCCAUGUCCAUGGACAACUGCAAAGAACUGGAGCGGCUGACCAGUUUAUAUCGAGGAGGCUGAACUAGAAUUUUCCAUGUGCAUCUUGAAGUACACUAUUAUCAUUCCUAUACAUUGAAGAAGUCUAAUUUCAUCACGAAAGCUGGAAAGAGGGUGGAUGUAAAACUCUACUGUGUAGCUGUUUCCAGAAUCCUUAUGCUGAAAUAUCAUUUAAUGGCUUCUUUACCUACUAUGAAAUAUAGGUAUUUUAAUUGUUUAGAUUUUACUCCAAAAGCUUCUGUGAAUUGUUUCAGCUCAAAAAGGAUGCUAUACUUGUAGAGACUUAGUCAUAGUGGUUCUCCUCUUAACAUAUUUGCCAUGUAAAUAUCUGUGGAAAGAACACUUUGUGUAUAUACAAGAUAAAUGACUUUCUAUUUAAUAUCUCAGAAAUCUAGCUCCAUAAAACAUUUUGUCUCACUGAUGGAAUAAAUAGUCUGAUUACAUCA